CGGGUGUCUCGGGGUCUCCUCCGAUUACAUCUACCUGCUUAACUACGAGACGUGUUUCCGCCCGCGGAACUUGGUGGUGGGCUACACGGGGGAAGAGAAGCGGGAAACGUGUCAAGCCCGGAAGCUGGCGUAUCACAGUGAAAAAUGCCCCCACCCCCAAAGUUGCAAUAAUUUGUGAUGCGAAGUUUCCAAGUGAAAACUUUUUGUCAUGCCUGAAAGGAGUGUAAAUCUUUCUGAUUCAGAUUCUAGGCGUAAAUAGCAUCGUUCGGAUGACAAGCGACGCUCUUGCUGGGAUCUUUUGCAAUGCAAAUUUUUGCUAUUCACGAAGAUGGAAAGUCUGUGACGCUGAUAGACGCAAAAGGGCGAGUGUUUCAGGUGGAAAGGUUUGCAAUACGAAUGCUCCCAAGUUCGGGGGUGGGGGCGUUUUUUAUGGUAAUAUGGCGAAGGGGAAAUUCGGCGACGGGCUGAACAGCUCCAUCAACCGGCUUUUGUCGUCCUCCUGUAAGGAAAUGAAGCGGUCCGUGGAAAUUUUCACGUGCGGUUGGCGCUACACGUUUUUCUUCAGCGACAAAGCGAGUCCGACGGGGGUCGAGACUUUAGCCUACACGGUGGAGCCUUUUGAUAUGUAUAACACACCACCACCAGCUGCGGGGACCACGCGGGGGAGUAGUAGUAGUGUUUGCGGGAUGAACAACAAUCGAAAUAGCUGUGGUUCUUUCCCACCGGAGCUUGAUUUCGAUGCGAACAGCGAUACUUUAGUCCGUAUCUACGCCCCCCAGUUCCAGUUCGACUACAGUCGGUAUCUGUUCUUCCUGCGUUCUGAUAAGCACGGCAAAAGUAGAAAUCCGAUACUAGUAUGAAUUGCAUCUUCACAGACUUUCUCUCAGCAUGAAAAAUUGAAUUUGCAAUGCUGAUUAGCGUGGUACAGAGGUAGAUCUGUCUUGCUGAUGCAUGCUCGCGAUUACUACAAAUGCGAUGCUUUUGGAGUGCAUAUCUGACCAGGUGUUGCAGCUCGUUGUAAAAAAGCCGGAGAUGAUAUUGAAUCAUGCUAAUUCAUCUCGGGCUAGCGGAAAGCAAAUUCUCUUGGAUGUUGCCAACAAGAAGGCCGACCACUCCCACCACGACGAAGAGGUUUUUGACGCAGCCCCGCCCAGAAUGCAGGUGGAGGUGCUUGCCAGCGUCGAAACCCGCAACCGCAUGUACGUGAAGGGUAUGGUCGUGAUCGAUCGGAACCGCCGGAACGGCACCGGGCCCCGCCUGCGUAACCUCAUGUUCGGGUACAACCUGGUUGAUUUCGAGAUGCGCUACCGCGACCGACAGGAGAGCCUGUCGUUGCAAGAUCAGCAGGAGGCCGUGACGCUCGGGUGGCACGCGCUGCGAGACAACAAACCGGCCAUGAGCAAUUUGUUUGAAGCGCUGCUGGGGCAUGAACUCUGUUUCGAGCUCCAGGUGCUGUCCGAAAACGUCUGCGAGGAGACGAAGGAGAUCUGUGUAUCCUAAGGAAAAACAUCCCCACCCGAGAGUCAAGAUGGGGAUCUCGCAACACAAGCCAAGAAGUUUUGGGAGUCACGCAUGACAAGUUCCUCUCUGUAUUGUAGUACAGUUUAGCAAGCGCAGCCGCAUCACAAAGCCAUCUGCUCAUCCUCUUUGCAGCAUUACAGAGUCCAAAACACGAUUGCAAACGCCUCUCAUGGGGAUGCGCGUUACAAAUUUUCCUGUGACUGCAAAUCUGCAUGACAACUAUGGGGUUGGAAUAUAGUGGCCGGGAGAUGAUGGUGAUGGCACUUUGGUGUCCGCCUGACCCACCCGCCCUGCGUCUCAAGCCAUCUGCGGCCAUGGCACAAAGGGGGGGCAAAGUGCGUCGCAUUUUGUUUAGCAUGACAACUAUGGGGUGGGGACGUUUUUACUCAGGAUACUGUGUUGCGAUGAAGGCAGCGUUUGCGGAGAAGUACGGGGUAAUAUGCGAAGAAAAAAGUGUUACAGUUACUUACAAACUCUGAUGCAAGACCAGCAAGAGAGAUAACCUCUGUCGUGCAGGAAAUGCUUUCCAGCCUCAUUUCAUGCGUGUUCUUUUCCCUUAUCGUCUGCGCAUUACAAGUUUUCUUCGCUACGCGGUAGAGCGACUUCGUGAUGCUGAAAUUGCAACGAAUGUGGAACUGUAACACUUUUUUCCUGUGAUAGGUAAAUGCAAGACCCUACUGCGAUGAAAAGACGAAGGCGGCGAUCGAGAAAUUACAGCUGCUGCCGCAGAAGGUAUAAAAGGGAUCAUAUAUUUUUUCAGUGCUGAAUGAAGAUGCUAGGUAUAAAAGCUAUGCUCUAAUUUCUGCUAUUCAAAAUUUUUUAAAAAUCUCACUGCAGUGUUUGCGAAUCAAUGCUAUUUUUUUACCUGCACAAAAAGAAACCCAGGUUCCCCUCCCUCUCAUGCGCCUUCUCCAGAACCUCUUUGUCUCCCCGGAGCGCGAGCUGGAGACCCAAAAUUCCGCCAAGCUCAUCAAGUCCCGGCACGUGCGGCACUCGCAGCGGGACAAGACCUAUCGCGGUCUGUACAGCGCGCUGCAAGCCGCGGUGGAAUCGUGCGUGGUCGCUCCGGAAGACGAUGUGAUUGACGACCCGAUCGAGUCCAGACAAAAUCGGCUCCCGCAACUCCACCUCCGCGACGGGAAGCACAUCCAACUCUCCGCCUGCGUGCGAGGCGAGGAGCGGACGGAGUUUUGGCUUUCUGGAUUUCUGAAAUACCCGUAUUUAAACCGGGGGUACAAACUGGACGAGGAAAAACUAUGCAUUGCAAAGGUAUGAUCGUACUAGUAUAAAUCGCAUGACAAAUUUCCUCAGCGUGAGAAAUGUAAUGCGGUUUUCACUUGACAAAAAAAUUUGUAAUGCAUGACAGCGAUUGCUACGAGUGCGAUACUUUUGCACAGGAUAAGAGCCGUGGAUCAACAAUUGUCCGGUGUUUUGGGCGUGCCGGGACACCCGGAACGUGCCCCACACGAACGGCAGGUUCGAAUACUUCCUCUACUUUGACGGCCACCGGUACUGCAUCCAAGCGGCGAACAAACUCCACGACGUGCAGGCGGCGCGGCAAACGUACCCCCUAGCGGAACUGGUCACCACCGAUCUCCCCUGGUGGGCGCCCCGCACGCAGUGGCGGGAGCUUCUGGGGGAAAGGUUGCCGACGAAGAAGGUGGAGGCGAAGGAUUUCGAUGCAAAGCCGGUGGAGGUCACGGCGACAGCAGUUCUUGGAGGAAGACAAAAUGCUGAAAGAACACAAAAAUCUUCACACAGAACCACCGGCUCCUGUACAACACAACAACACGAUAGUAGGUUCGAUGUUUACGUCAACUGGGACUGCUUUCUCGAAGUUCUGGAGGCGGAAGAGGAGGAAAAUUUCGAAUUGAACAAAGACCUGGCAUGCAUCCAGCUCGCGGCCGCCUCUGAUUUUGCGAAGGACGUUCUGCAGAAGGUACGGGACGGCUUGGGGAAACUACGCACGAUCGCGUUAGCGCAACACGACUGGGACGAGAUCUCGAAAAGGGCGCAGGACCGCCUCAUCAAAAUGUUCAUCCCGAUGGACGAACAAAAUAAAUCGCGAGUAGCAGCGGACGAGGUUCAUCUUGCACCAGAAAUAAUAAACAUUAAUGAAAAUAAGAACAAAAACCGCAGCACAAGCACAACUUCAAGCUGCCUCGAGGACCCUGCGUUAAUAUUACUGCAGAAGUCCACCUUGGCCAAGUUCCGUUCCACCGACGUUCAGCAGCAGCUCGCGAACUUCGUCGCCGAGCUAUUGAGAGGAAAAAUCCCCCCUCCCCAUAUCGAAAAGGUAUGUUUCCGAAAAUUUGUCUUGCUGAUUUGAGACCACAAAUCACGUUUGUCUUGCAAGAAGACAACUCCACAGGCUCUGCCGCAUCAUGCAGGCGGUUUGUGAUGCUGUUGGGCCUACACCAUAGACGUUUCUCAUGCUAAGCGCCUAGGCCACAACUUCUCUACUCAGGCUUGGCAGGAGCCUGCAGUCCUCUACUGCAAGACACACGUGAUUCGUGUACGCAAAUUCAGCAUCAGAAACUUCCGUUUGAUAUGGGAAGGGGGGAUUUUUCCUUGUGAUGCGAGCAGCUUGCGCGGAAAAAGCUGUGGCUGGACCGGGGAAGCAAUACAGAUGAAGAAGAUGAUCCGGAUAAAAUGCUACUCGGCGACGCGUAUGGAUUGCAAAUAUGUCUGGGUCUGGAAGAGUGGAACUUGUAAUGCUGUCUGCGGAUUCUAAAAAUAUCUGUGUUGCAUGAGCAGCAAGAGGACUCAGCUUUUGGCACGCGGAGAGGGCGUGUCUCAUGCGUAAUUAGCAUCAAGAGGCUCUCAAAAUCAAAAAAUCUGUGUUGCUAGCACCAGCAUCACAGACCUCACGGGUCAUGCAAAAUGUGCAUGACAAGCCCCGACUCUUCCAGACCCAGACAUUUUUGCAGUUGAUACCGCGGUCUUGCGGUUCUUCACGGCGCUGCAGUGCUUGAAGUCGAAGCAUAGUGUCCACGAAACGGAGGCGAUCGACCAGUAUCUGUGGAGCGAGGAGUGUCUCGGGAAGAGCUUGUACAAGGACCUCCGGUACACCAUUGGGCACAGUUUGGUGCAGUCGGAACAGAAGUACACCACGCUGACAAAGUUUAUCGCAAGCAAAAAGUGUUACUGUUACACGCAUAGCCUUCUACUAUGCAGGGAAAGCAAGACAGACAACCUCUGUCAUGCCGGAUAUGCAUACACACCUUGUUUCGUACGUGUUUUAUUCCGGUAGGAUUUCUGCAACGCAAGUUUUCUGCCUCAGGCAGAGAACAAAUUUGUGUUGCUGAAUUGGCAACAAAUGUGUAACUGUCAACACUUUUUCCGUGUGACAAAGUUUCUCGCGACCUUGCUGGAGAGGGAAAAGCUCCGGCUGCCCCCUGCCUUAGCGGAUGUGGCCGCGGGGGUGAAGACGACCGAGGAGUUGCCGUUGCCCACCGUUCUAUUACACUGCAUCAACGCGGCACACUUCACGAGCUUGUUGGAACGGAAGAAGGGCUUCGGGAAGGAGAAAAGGGGAUUGCUGGACCUCGAUUAUGGCCGCCGCGCGGGGGAGAAGAAAGACGAAGAAAUAUUAAACGACGUCCUCCUUGGUGCAUCGGAACCAGCUGCAAAUGCAGGGUCGUUGAAAACAAGCACGCGGUCAAACUCAACAUCCGUGAGGAGCAAUAAGCUACUUGGAGAGCCGCGCGGUGGAGCAGGUCCUCCGGCUGCGAGUGCAUCGACAAGUGUGGUUGAGCGACGUGGUGAACAAAAAUCCGCAAGAAGCUGCUGCCCUGAGCAUGAUGGUGAAUCGAAUGAAGGCAUCGUGAAGGGCGCGCUGGAGCUGGCAACGAAGAUAAAGACUACGAAUCACAAUGCUAGUACGUGGAAUUAUAACGCGCAAGCAGGAACUACAGUGGCAAGCUACACGGAAGACGCAGUACAAAAUUCGGCGCAACAUCAAGAAGUAGACUCCACCCGCCGCCGCCGCACGUCGAGCUUGGAGGCAGCGGAGAAAAGCAUACUCUCUAGCAGCGUGGGGACCACGCCGGUGAAAAAGCGCAAUGCUUCUACUGCCGAAGAGGAAAAAAUCAAGCGCGAUGAGCAGAACGAAAGCGCGGCUGGAAGCGCUGGCGGAGCUGCUGCUUCGAGCUCAAGCAAGUGGCUGGCGAGUGUGCAGAACCGGAUGAGCAAUAAGAGAAAAAGAUCUUUGUCCAGCGAAAGCGAGAAGAGCUUCCAGCCGAAGGAACUUUCGUCGGCACUUCAGACGAAGGUUUUGGGUGCGCGGAAGUCCUCCCCGAAGUUCACCAUUGAAGAAGGUCAGUCCUAUCCCAGUGCAGCUUCGGAAAGCGACAGAGAAAUAAAGCCAGUCAAGGAAAAGAAGAAAGUGAAAUAUUAUGACAAAUCCAAGAAAGAAAAAAAGAAGAAAAAAGCACGGAAGGAAAGAAAAGCGAACAGCGAUGGUGAAAAAAGUGACGUCCUCGAGGAGGUCUCUUUUGACCAACGGCCCGGGCAUCUCAAGCUCAUGAAGGGCGUAACCCUCAAAGAGCAGAGAGGGAAAAAGAUAGAGGAGCAGCGUGAGGGUGGUGCCCAAUCGAAAUCCACCUCCGCUACGGAAGGUGGUGCUAAAGCCUAUCCCUUUUUCGCCGGUGCAGCAGCUGCAGCAAGAACGACGACUAAAUCUAAUGUUGUCCUCCCGAAGAAGAUUUCCCCCCGGCGACAGGCGCAAUACGACCGCGACUACCAGGAAUUACUACACCUCCGGGAGCAGAACCGCUGUGAGAAUGCGGGCACCCGCCGCUUGGACGAGAUUUACCAGGAAGAGAAGGAGGCGCGACAAAGGUUAGAAUUGCAGAAGAAGGAAGAAGAGGCACAGAGGCGGAAGGCAGCACAGGAAGAGAAGUUGAAAAAACUGAGGUACGUCGAAAAGCUGCAGCAGAGCUACCAAAAUAACGCGGGCGAUGGGAAAAUAAAUGGGCUGCUGCUGGAAGAAGCUGGCGAGGCGAGAUGUAUUUCGCAGCGCAACCCCGGGAUGCUGACGCAGAGGAACCCGGCGUCUCUCUCGCAGAGAAUUGCAAAUCCGCUGUUGUUAACCACGCCGUCGCCAGAAGUGAAUGCAAAAAACACUACUGCGUGUUCUUCUACCGGGGUGGAUUUCUAUCGGAAAUUCUGCCGCGGUGCGGCAGUGGAUUAUGGAUUGCAAAAAUGUCUGGGUGUGGAUGAUUGCAACUUGUCAUGCUAAAUCUGAAUCAGGCAAAAAACUGUGUCGCAUGGUUGCCAAAAGUUGUGCACCUCUGAUCUAAUCGAGAGGCAGUUUCUCAUGCAGGAUAGGCAUUCGAAAGGUCCCACAGAAUCUGUCAUGCUAUGUCCUACACACCAGACCUCAUGGGUCACGGAGAACCUGCAUGACAAAUCUGGCAAUCUUCCAGACCCAGACAUUUUUGCAAACCAUAUGGAUCUGAAACCUGCAAAAGGGAAAUGCAUCCUCAAGCCAGGACCGAACGGCAGGAGGUAAUUUUUCGAAAAAUUGACGUGUGGCUGGUAUUGUUUACAUUGGAAUCACCUUGCACAGAAUAAAAUUACUAUACUAGCGACAUUUUUUCACAUGAUCUACGCGUGACGUGUGACAUAAACGAUGACAGCAAGUACAUGCCGUGUAAUUGUGCAGCAUGGGUGCAUUGUCCCUAUCUGAUUUGAUAAUCAGAUCACGCUAAUACGCCCUGACGCAUCAUUCAUAAGUAAACAUAUUUUGCAAAGAGCGGUUUCCUAAACUCUGCAUCACGAGGGGACGACAGUUGCAAUGGAUCGCACCUGAAGGACCAGGUUUUAUUUCUUCCAAGGAUCAA